AUGUCAUUCGAAUCAGUUGGACAAAACAAAUCAUUAAGUGAAAAUGUAACAAAGGAAACUUCAACUUCACCGCUUCAAGAUACUAUUACACCAAUAGUAACACCAAUGGUUCAACAGCCACCACCAACAUCUUCGACAAAUCCAAUAUUCCAAACUUCUUCAAAAUCUCGUAAUACCUAUCAAUUUCAUUCUCGAACUCAAAGUGCUGGUCUAAAUAAUAGUCAUUUAAGAAGAUGGCAUAGUAGUAAUUCUGGCCUUCACCAUUCUAAAAGUACAACCUUUGGAAGUUCAAAUUCUGGAAAUGAUGAUGAUAUUAGAACCAUAUAUGAACGUUGGAAAUUGGUUUUACCCAAGGAUGAUUUGAUUUUUGAUCAAUAUAGUUCAAGUGUUGAUAGAAUUGAAAAAAAAGAGGCUAAAAGAUCAUUAAAAUGGGCUUUAUGGGUUUCUUCAAAUAAAUUUGUUAAAAAAUCCGGAAAAUUUGGUUGUAGUAGUUAUGUUUUUCCUUGGGAUAAAAAG